AUGUCUGACAAGAACGAGGUUUAUGCCACUGAGCGUGUCGCUCCCCAACCCGGCAAGAAGGCCGCCCUCAAGCGUCACUGCCAGCGCUUCUGGUGGCUGCAUCUCAUAAUUUUUGUCCUCGUUACCGUCUUUGUUGUCCUAAUGACAAUAUUUGUCGCUAUCCCCAGAAUCGCCCAGGACAAGAUUAACCAGGCCAAGCUGGACAUUGUCGCCGUCAAGAUUACAAAUGCCACCCCUACCUCGUACCACAUGACCAUCGACUCGACCAUUUCUACCGAUGGCACUGUCAAGGCCGACAUUGAUGCGUUUGCCGGCGACAUGUAUCUUGAGGACACGGACGACAAGACUCCCUUUGCCGUCCUCGACUUUCCCCCUACCAACGCCAACAAGCACUCCAACGUCAAAGUCGACCAGCAUGUCGAGAUCAAGAAUAUGGAUGCCUUUAACAAGUUUAACACUUGGUUCGUCAACAAUGAGACGCUCAAGAUUGGCAUCAAGGGCAAUACCAAGGUCCAACCCAAAGGCCUCAGCAAAAAGUACGACGUCAUCUUUCACAAGGUCCUCGAGGUCAAGGGUCUCAACCUCUUCAAGGGCAUCAAGGUCAUCAACCCCCGCGUCACCCUCUCUGUUGACAACGGCACCGACCCCAACUUUCGCAACUUCUACGCCCAGACCGAGCUCCCAAACCCUUCGCACUUUUCUCUUGAUAUUGGCAACACCGUGUUUGACAACUACUUCCUCGGCCAGAACCUCGGCAAGCUCUACAUCGAUAACCUUUCGCUCGUUCCCGGCACCAACACUCUCAAUGUCACUGGCAGCCUCAAUCAGGGCCAAAUCAUUGUCCUCGCCGGAGGCGCCAAGCCUUAUUGCGAGACUGGUGUCGCUGCUUUCAGUCUGAUCGGCAACAAUGUCACCCGCGACGGUGUAGAAAUUCCUUACUUCCAGUACGCUCUGGCCCACGCCAAUCAGACGGUCGAGCUCAACAUUACCGACACCCUCCGCUCCUCCAACAUCCCCGCCUCUGUCAAGUGUUCCAAGGGGCUCUCGAAAUAG